UGCUGGCUCCCUCCUCGAAAUAUUAUCUUCGGACUGAUGAAAGUUGAGGGAKGUCAUAAAGAAAUGAUUACAUCUCCACAAAAUCCAAAGAUAACACAGGAAAACAGUCCUUCAUCAGGUUUGGUAUCGUUUCCUUCAAGGUUUGACGAAGGUGAACGUAGCACGACUUGUCCAACAUGCGGAGGAACAGGACGACUUACGCAAGAACAUGAACAUGAUCUUGUUGCCCUAAUUCCUGUUAGAGAUAAUCGACUCCAACCAAGGCGAAUGGUAUACAUAUUUAUUGCACUAUUGGUUGUUGCCAUUAUAUCUGGGGUAAUAACAACAGUGUUUCUUUUUCCACGUGAUGUCAUGAUUGAUGUCAUAUCUACCAGAGCUAUCAAUAUAUCUAUCUCAAAGGACAACACUACCACUCCAUAUAUUAUUAUAAAUAAUACAAUGCAGAUCAACAAUUCAAAUUUUUUUGAAGUAACUUUGACAGAUAUCCAUCAGCAGGUGACAUGGGAUCAGAAUUAUGUUGUUGCUGAUGAAGCAUUUAGUGGAAUAUCAUUAACUGUUCCUUCAAAGACUAACAUAAUGCAUAAUUUUAUUGUGAAAACAGAAUAUAAAAAUGAGGCAGGCAAGAAAGUCAGGAAUGCCUGUCUUUUGUUAGAUAUAUUAUUGGUCAUAGAUUCACAAGCACAAGCAUCAGGUGUAACAGUAUCUCAAGAAUUAACAAAUAGAGUAUACAAGUUUUUAUCUUGUUAAUCAAGUGAAGUCAUGAUAGGUAGAGAUAGAUAGAUAGACUUACAGACUUACAGCUUAUGGAUUUAAGAUAUGAAGCCUGUAACCAAUCAAAAAGGAGAUAAAGGGAUAAAAAUAGUGUUUAUGUUGUGUAUUAUGGGAUACCAUCCCCUAAAACAGUAUGCAAGGCUCAUGGGUAACAUAGUGGUGAGAAAACAUGCCACACAACAGGGUGGUUUGGGUUUGAUUUUAGGACUCAGCAUUUUAUGUUAGUAGACUUACUUAUUGRUUCUUUUAUGUGAUUCAAGGGUUAUCUAUCUCCAGGUUCUCCAGUUUUUUCACCUUCCACAAAAAUGAGCUUCUAAAUUCCAAUGGGUAUUACUCAUGCGGAAGCCAUGUUGACUAAAUUUUUCCACAUGUAGCCUCACAUUCAAGCACUAGAGAAUUUAUGUGGCUUAACAAAGGUUUUUUAUUCUCAUGAGAAUAAACGUGGCUGCUGCUUGGGUAAUGCCCAUAGGAAUCCAGUGGAAGAAGGGCCACUCUGUGGAUCCACUGUCAAUUAGAUCCAUUUUUCCAUUCAUCAUUAUUUCUUAACAUUAGCAGACUUUUGCUAAAAAUGCAAACACAAAGUUUAUGAGGCAUUGGCAAAACAAAGAAAUUAUAAUGAUUCCUUUAUUUUUUCACUACAGCCUAAAUUUCGAUUGUAUUUACAUGUAUGUUUGAUAAUUCAAUAUAUAGCAAUUAUAUUUUUKAUAUAAAUUCAUAGCACACGGUUUCUAGGAGAGGUUUAACUGCAUUGAGAUUAAAUCAAACAAAAUUGCCUAAAUUCUCCAUGUAAAGGUAAAAUUUACAAUUUACAUGCAUUUGAAACCAGAAAUAAAAAGUGCAAUUUA